AUGGUGUCCUUUCGCCUCAGCUUGCUUGGCCCGUGGUGCCUCGUCGCACUUCUCAGCACUCUCGUUGUCGCCAGCCCAGCGGCCGUUGAAGGAAAAACGCGGGGCAAAGUUGCGGCUGCCUGGUAUGCUGGAUGGCAUGCUACGACGGGAUACCCUCUGUCAAGGGUAAGCUGGAAGAAGUACACGCAUCUGACAUAUGCAUUUGCGGAGACCUCCCCCGAUGUCCAUAAAUUAAGCUUUGAAGAGGCGACAUGGACAAACCCUCAACUCCUUCCCCAAUUUGUCUCAGAGGCACAUAAACACGGAGUGAAAGCCUUGAUUUCGAUUGGUGGAUGGACUGGUUCAAGAUUCUUUUCGACUGCCGUUGGCUCAGCCAGUAACAGGACAGCGUUCGUAAAAACCGUCGUGAACUUUGCCCAAAAGUAUCACCUUGAUGGUGUCGACUUCGAUUGGGAAUACCCCGGAAAUCAAGGAAUUGGAUGCAACACGAUCAAUCCCCAAGACACGUCCAACUUCCUUCUCUUUCUUCAAGAGUUGCGAAGAGACCCAGUGGGCUCAAAGCUCUUGGUCACUGCAGCGGCAGCCACUGUCCCCUUUUACGGUUCCAACGGCCGUCCCUCCAGCGAUGUCGCCGCAUUUGCCAAACUCCUCGAUUAUAUCGCCAUCAUGAAUUACGACCUCUGGGGUCCAUGGAGCCCAACAGUCGGACCCAACGCUCCCCUAGACGACGCAUGCGCUCCAGCGAACAGCCGCUACGGUUCGGCCACUUCUGCUGUUCGACAAUGGUCGGCAGCUGGAAUUCCCCAUAACCAACUUGUCUUGGGUGUUGCUGCAUAUGGUCAUGGAUUCCGCGUCCGAAGGGCGAAUGCAUUUGCUGCGGGAUCGAACAGCGUACUUGCUUCGUACCCUCCAUUCGACGGCGUCGACCGACCGAUAGGUGACUCCUGGGAUGGUCCCGGAGGGGGAACCGAUGUCUGUGGAUCCCCGACGCUUCCCGGAGGAACCUUCAAUUUCUGGGGUUUGAUUGAAAAUGGCUUCCUGAACAAGGACGGCUCGCCCACGCAAGGCAUCCACUAUCGUUACGACACCUGCAGUCAAACGCCUUAUGUCUACAACCGGACCACGGAAAUCAUGGUUGCUUUCGACAACGCACAGUCCUUUGCGGCUAAAGGGAACUUUAUCAAGUCAAACGGUCUUCGAGGCUUCGCAACCUGGGAGGCUGGAGGAGACUACAACGACAUCCUCCUCGACUCUAUCAGAAAGGCGGGCGGAUACUGA